AUGGAAAAAGCUUUUCUAACAAUAGGCCUUGUUUUGCUACUAGGCACUCUUUACAAUUUGAAUAAUUCUCCUUCUGUAGAUUUGAAACAGAAGUAUAAUGAAUAUAAAUAAAUCUUCAAUAAAUAAUAUACUGCUGCAGAAGAUUAAUAUAGAUUUUAGGUUUAUAUGUAGACCUUAGAAUAAAUUGCUCUUUAGAAUGCUAAAUUGGGUAGAUAAGUAUAUGGUGAAACAUAAUUUGCUGAUAUAACUGAUGAAGAAUUCAGAGAACAAUAUUUGACAUUAAAAUAUUCCCCAGAAGAUUAUGCAAAUGAACCAAGAGAAUCAUUCUCACAUAUAACAGCUGAUCCUAAAGAAAUUGAUUGGAGAUAAUCUGGAGCAGUUACACCAGUCAAGAAUUAACUUAAAUGUGGAUCAUGUUGGACAUUUAGUACAACAGGUGUUUUAGAAGGAUUUUUCAAAGUUACUACAGGUGAAUUACCAUCAUUAUCUGAAUAAUAAUUGAUAGAUUGUUCAACUACAGUUGAUUUAAAUUUUGGUUGUAAUGGUGGUAUGCCAUAAAGAGCAUUAAAUUUUGUAAAGAGAAAUGGUUUGACAACAGAAGAAGGAUAUCCAUAUGUAAUUUAUUAUUUAUAUCAUAAUAGUAAGGAGUAUAAGGUGCUGAAUGUUUAGUAAAAGGUGGAGCAUAUAAAGUUAAAGGAUCAAAAGUAUUAGAAAUAUCAGAAUGGGCAUUGUAUCAAGCAUUAUAAGUUUAACCAGUUUCUAUUGGUGUUGAUGCAGGAACAUGGAAAAAUUAUAAGCCUGCUGAUAGAGAAGUUUUUAAUUAUGAUGAAUGUGGAGAUAAUUUAAAUCAUGCAGUUUUAGCUGUUGGUUUUACUCCAACUGCAACAAUUGUAAAGAAUUCAUGGGCUAAUACAUGGGGUUCUUCAGGUUACAUUUAUCUUGAAAGAGGUAAAAAUACUUGUGGACUUUGGAAUACCAUGGUUGUUCCUAUUUGA